AAGUUCGUACAAAACGGAAACGGAAAUGCGUAUGCUGUGUUAGCAACAUUACCAGGGAAAUUAGCCAUUUGAUGCAUCGUACCUCUUACUGUAGGUGGUUACGUAUUUAUAUAAUCCGUAGCUACUGCGUUCAUUAGAAUAUACUUUUGUGUACUGGGGUAUAUUAUAUCAAUCAGGCAUGUGUUAGCCCCCGCUAGCUUCUAAUUAUCGUUAGCUUAAAUUGACGGCCAGACUGUUGCCGCUGCUUUGUUGACGCCUAGCUGCGUACAGGAAUCUAAAGUGAAAUUAGUAAAAUGGCAGACCCUGCACGGAUCAAGAGUGAUGAUGCACUUAAGAGGACAUCUCCUACCGACGAGGAGCACCUGAAGUCAGAGGAGAGUGAAAAUCCUUCAGCCACAGAAAAACCUGCAAAUGAAAACCUAGAGACAUCGUCGCAAGAUCAGCCUAAAGAAAAUAAACAUGAAACACCAGGGGGAGAAGAUGAGGAAGAGGGAACCUCUGGCCAGCCUCCUUUGAAAAGGUUAAAAGUGGAACCUGAGAAGAAAAAGGAGAAGCGGCACAAGGUUGAUGAAGAUGAAAUACAGAAGAUGCAAGUUUUGGUGUCAUCAUUUUCUGAAGAGCAGCUGAAUCGCUAUGAAAUGUACAGACGUUCUGCAUUCCCGAAGGCUGCCAUUAAAAGGCUCAUCCAGUCAAUAACAGGAUCAUCUGUGUCCCAGAAUGUUGUUAUUGCCAUGUCUGGUAUUGCAAAGGUCUUUGCUGGGGAAAUUGUCGAGGAAGCUCUGGAUGUUUGUGAGAAGUGGGGAGACACACCACCACUUCAGCCCAAGCACAUGAGGGAAGCAGUGAGGAGGCUGAAGAGUAGAGAUCAGAUUCCCAACACAAAGUACAAGAACAUUCUCUUUCACUGACACACCUGAGCUGCAGAUUGUAUGAGGAUGACAGAUAAAUGCCAGUAAUUUAAUAAGUGGUGCAGAGCAUAUGGAAAACUCACCAUGAAGCCACUUAACACAUCUUGCAGCCAAGUAGGCAGUGACUGCAGUCCUGAAGAGCAGUCAAGGCAGCUGCUAAAUAAAGCUGAGUUGUCAUUCA